AUGUCUUUAUCAAGAUUUGCUUUUCGCUCAAGCAGAGGCUUUGCCAACUAUUUGAAUUCUCAAAAUUCAAUAAUAAGUCGUUCUUCUAUGAAAUAUGCAUUUCCAAUUUCAACCCAAUUUACUAGAAAUAUUAACGCAAGUUCAAACGUAAAACAUGCCGCACCAACAGCAUACGAAGCCGAUAAAGAUUAUUGGUCCUUGAAGACCACAAUCGAUGAUAUCAAAGCAAAAUAUGGGUUGGGUGGUAACAGAAUUAAAGAUCCAAAUUUAGAAUCAUAUUCGGAUUUGGAAUUAGAAGUUGAUUUGAAAAGUGCAGACAUAAAAAAACUUGAUGAAAUACAACAAUUGUUGGAAAAAGCUGCUCAAGAUUUGUUCUCACAUAUUUCAGCUUCGCCACCAGCAAUCUUUAAUCCCAUUAAAUAUACCGACGAAGAAAAUACCAUCAAUAAAGAUAUCCAAAAAACUUUGUGGUUUGCUGAAGAUGAUGACGUUUCGGGUUUUGCCAAAGAGGCGAUAAGAAAUUUUAGGGAAAAUAGAGUUGCAGGGGACGUAAUCUUGAAUGCUUAUUCUUUGGAAGACGGCAAAGAAGAAAAAACUCCUCAAGGAGCUGCUUUAGAGGACUAA